GGUGCACCUUGAUGGUUCGAAAGAUUGUAUGGCAAUAUCAACUAAUCAAUGAUAUGUCAGUCCAAGCUGUCCAGCCGCUGGUUGACUCAAGUCUCAAUGAUAUAUAUUUCUGACCUGAUCUGCAGUAUAUACAUGGGCAUCUGAGGUACAGGCAGCCAUAGAGAGUUAUUAGCAAGGAACUCUAUCCCGAACCCUAGUGUCAAAUUGCCAUCCAUCACAGACACAUUUACGGUUCUUCCGAUAUCAAUGGGCUCGUUUGCAUAUCGCUUAGCGGUGGACUAUGAAUCUUGCGCUCCGCGUGUAAGCUUUCAUGCAUGCUCAGUUCAUUAACACUCUUGACACAUGCUGCAACUAAGAUAGUACAUGUUGCGGCCUCUUCUCCAUCACAUCGCAUUGCCAUUCUCUCUGGUGGGGUGCCGCUCAAAAGUUCGCCUAUGUGAGUUAUACAUGCCACGGAAUGUUAACAUCCUCCCUCUCUCGUGGUGCGCUCGCAAACCCAAGUGCCAAACGAAUUUUAGCGGUCAUCGAGCUUGCUGUGUUUUCAAAUGGCCCCGUCCAUCGAAACGUGGUGGUCAUCAACAACAAUUACACUGACGAUCGUUUGAGCGUUGGCCUAGCUGCGAAACAUCCGGGACUGAAAGUUGUGAGCGUGCUAAAUGCAGAUGACGUUUUACUUCGCCCCAGACCAGGCAAGAUGCGGAAGCCGUGUAUCACGAACUUAUUGAUGGGAAUUCAAGUUCCAUCCGCAUGGCCAGGAGAUGUUAAUGAACUACAUGUCGCUGCAGGUAACAACGAAGACAAUGAGCCCGACUUGCUCGCGCUCCUGAAUGCUCCAACUGAUGCCCAUUCCUGGCUUUGUGUGGAGGCCGUACUGCAAACCUUCACUUCUUCUCCCUCUGUAGUUUCUCAAUCCUCAUCUGAUGGGGGUUCGACUUCACAGGGUUUGGGUAUGUUAGAAGGGAAGGUGGACAAGGGUAUUGGAGCUGCAUGUCAGGCUGUGCUGGUCCCUGAAUCAGAUUUGAAACGGUUGUGGGCGAUGGUGAUCGCAGAGAGAUGUCUGCUGGUGGCACUACAGGAGUAA